AUGUGCCGUUGGAUGCUUUUGAGGGGCCAAGCCAAAGCACGCUCCAAUGGUUACCCUGGGAAGUUUGACAAUAAUGGCAAUACCGUGAAGUUUGCCUUCGGCGGUGACGGCGACCUCUACAAGCCCUCUUUCUUCAUCAACAGCCAGUGCUACGAGCUCACUGCCAUUGAAAUCUCUACCAGCAAGCCUGACCCCAUGCACUGCGCCUACGGUCUCAAACUCUGCAUCGGCGGAGCUCAAGGGGAUGUUGACGGCUCUGGAAACUCCCGCCCAAGUAUGAGAUGGAGAACUGGUUUUACCAAAAGAUAUACGUCGGCAUAG